GGAAGACCAAGUGCAGACUUCUUCUUCUGCAUAAAGAAAUGCUGCCAUUCCUAAGGAAAUCAGAGCACAACUCUUUCCACUAGUGAUGGCGGACGAGUGGGAUCUUCUUGUGGAUCUGCUUAACUAUAGCGAAGACUGGAGUGGAAGUGGUGUGGAACGCGGCGUCGACGCUUCUUUACAUUUUUAAGGGUUACCAGCACGUUUUUGCAUCUUCUCCCGUCACUAUCUUCCCUGAGCCGCCUUUUUCGAGUAAGUAGAAGAUAAGCCAAGCAGAAAGUAUUAAGGUAUUUACAACCACCAGAAAAUGCUCCUUUUUAGACGUUUUUCUUAGGAAAAACGUUGCAAUUGUGCAAUCAUCGUCAGCCGUCAAGAAUGUCUAAUAAUUGCAACCGCAUCAAGAGGUGGAGGUCGUGGGAGGAUCGUCAUGCACAGCGCAUGUGGCAAUAAUUCUGAAGCGUGUGGCGUCUCAGUUGCGCAAUGUCUCAAGUCCCUGGAUUUCGCACAAGCUGCGCAAAGAACUACUGGCGAGUCUUCAUUUUCUGGCAUUAAGGCAACGACCACAAGCUUCGCAAGCAAACAUGAAACAGGAAUAACUUCAACUACUCUUAACUCUGUAGUUUUUCACGAACGCCAGAAGUAGACCUUCUAGAUCGCCUCGAUCAUUCUUUUUUGAAGAGGAAAAAGAAGGCGUGAGGCCCUCAAGUAGAGAAGUUGAAAUAUCAUGAGGACACUUAAGGUUGGCACCUUGACUCCUCGUGCUGGGAACUCUGGGCUCCAAGUGGUGCUUAUGGUCCAGAGCCCGGACCACAUCCCCCACCCUCGUCGGUUAGCGUAUUGACCUACUGCCAUAAACUUCCUCCUCCCCACCAUUAUAGCGUGUGCGUUUCUGCUUAGCUUAUCUAUCUGCGGGGCUUGUGACGUUAAACCGCCUACAAUCUAAUCCAGCCAUCGUAUUCAUUUUUCAAGUUGGACGAAAGAAGCGUCGGAUUUUUUUCAUUUUCAAGGACAAGGAGAAGGCUCCUCGUCAAGGAAGAUGUGAUCAUACGGGAGUUCCAAAUUUCUAAGUGAACAUCAU